GCGGAUGGCGCCGCCGCCGCUCCAGGCCCCGCCGCGCUGACCGGGGGGGGGGGGUCCCGGGGCCACCGGGAGGAACGGGAGACCCCCACCCAACCGGGUUUGGGCGGGGGGGGGGCGGAGCGGGCUAAUUGGGGAGAACCGGGUUAAAGGGGACCGGACUGGGCUGAACGGGACCGGACGGGGCUGAACUGGAACGGACUGGGCGGAACGGGACCGGACCCGGCUGAGGGGUCCCCGGGGGUGCCGAGGGGACCCCCGUCGGGGUGGGGGGGUGGGGGGGGUCCGGGCAGGGCCGAUGGCGGAGCCGCUGCUGCGGAGGACCUUCUCCAGGCUGCGGGGCCGGGACCGCCCGCGCAGGAAGAAAUCGGAUGGCAAAGAGCGAGAGCAUCCUCCGCCAAGCCCCGAGUCGCCGGCGGACCCCGAGGCGGCCCCGGUGUCACCGGAGCCGGCAGCGCCCCGCAAGCAGAACUGGGCCCGUUUCUCCUGCGGCGCCCGCGAUGAGCCCGGCGGGAGGGGGGUGACGGCUCCCAAAGCUUCCCCGGAGCCGGGGGAGGCCGGCGAGCUGGAUCCGGCCACCAGCACCCCCUGGCCAGGCCUGGAGCCCCCCGGCGAGGAGCCCCCCGAGCCGGCGGAGGAGGCCGAAGCAGCCAACGGCUCCGUGGAGCUCGGUGGUCCCAGCAGGAGCCCGGGGCACGGCGCCUACCUGCAGAGCCUGGAGCGGAGCAGCCGGCACUGGGUCCUGUCCUCGGCGAAGGCACCGGGGCUGGACGAGGCUGGUGGCGGCGGGGCCGAGGCCGAGGCCGGUGGGGCCGGCAGCGAGGGCGAGAUCUGGUACAACCCCAUCCCCGAGGACGAGGACCCCCCGAAGGCGAGCGGGGAGGACGUCCCCUGGGGGGGCAGAGGGGCGGCGGAGAGCCCCGGGGCCCGCGGCGCGGAGGAGCCGGCGGCUGGCAGGACGCAGGCCUGUGCAAAGAUGCCCAUCCCCUGCGUGAGCCUGGGGACGGGGCUGUCCCCCCCGUCCCCCCCCGCCAGCCCCGGUGCCACCAAGAAGGGCCGCUCGCUCAGCAAAGUGAAGUCCCCGGGGACCGUGCGCCGCCUCUCCAUGAAGAUGAAGAAGCUGCCGGAGCUGCGGAGGAAGCUGAGCCUGCGCAGCCCCCGGCCGCGGGGCCAGGAGGGGGGCACCUCACCCUGCGACGCCCGCAAGGAGUCCAGCAACGUCAUCAGCCGCUACCACCUCGACACCAGCGUGGCCUCGCUGCCCCGCGCCAAGGCGGCCAGCAAGGGCGGCUACUUGAGCGACGGCGACUCCCCGGAGCUGCCGGCCAAAACCGGGGCGCACGCGGAGCCGGAGGAUGGGGAGAGCGGGCUGGACGUGGGCGCGUUCCGGCCCUACAGCUGCGGGGAGCUGCCCCGGGGCGGGCAGCACAUCUCCGGGCUGGUCAGCGUCCACCUCUACGGCGUGCGGGACCUGAAGCCGCCGCGAGCCGAAGCCCGGGAGGUUUUCUGCGUGCUGCAGGUGGACGCGGCCAACAGGGCCCGCACGGCUCUGCUGCCCUGCAAGGCGGCUUUCCUCGGCCUCAACCACACCUUCAACCUGGAGCUGGAGGGCGCCCAGCUCCUCAAGGUCAUCGUCUUCUCCUGGGACCCCUCCUCCUGCCGCAACCGCCUCUGCUGCCACGGCACCGUCGUCCUGCCCCACAUCUUCCGAGGCUGCCGGGCGCAGCAGCUGGCGGUGCGGCUGCAGCCUCGCGGCGUCCUCUUCUCCAAAUUCACCCUGGUGGAGCAGUGGGACGGCCCCGGCGAGUGCGAGCCCCGCGUCUUCGGCGUGGAGCUGGGGCAGCUGGUGGAGAGGGAGAAUUCGGCCACCAAGGUGCCGCUGCUGAUCCAGAAAUGCGUGGCCGAGAUCGAGAAGCGGGGGCUGAAGGUGGUGGGGCUGUACCGGCUCUGCGGCUCGGCCGCCGUCAAGAAGGAGCUGCGCGACGCCUUCGAGAGGGACAGCGCGGCCGUGACGCUGUCUGAGCAGCUCUACCCUGACAUCAACGUCAUCACGGGGAUCCUCAAGGACUACCUGCGGGAGCUGCCCACGCCGCUCAUCACCCCCACGCUCUACCACGUCGUGCUGGAGGCCAUGGCCAAGCGGCCCCCCCGAACCCCCCCGGGCGAGCGGGACGCCGUCACCCUGCUCGACUGCCUGCCGGACGUCGAGAAGGCCACGCUGACGCGGCUCCUGGACCACCUCAGCCUGGUGGCCUCCUUCCACGACUUCAACCGCAUGAACCCGCAGAACAUCGCCGUCUGCUUCGGGCCCGUGCUGCUCACCCAGAGCCAGGAGCCUCGGCGCGGCGGCACCAGCGGCGCCCGCAGCUACGCCCACAGCGAGGACAUCGCCAGCGCCGUCGAUUUCAAGAGGCACAUCGAGGUGCUGCACUACCUGCUGCAGGCCUGGCCGGCCCCCCGCUCAUCCCCGGCCCCCCAAAUCUGCGAGGAGGAGGCGCCGCCCGGCCGCCCGCGGCAGCCAGCGCUGCACUUGGAGCUGCUGGACACGGCGGUGGUGGCUCGCCACCGCCCCCGGGGACCCGAGAGCCCCCCCAGCAACCGCUACGCCGGCGACUGGAGUGUCUGCAGCCACCAGUUUGGGGGCUACGACGAGGUGGUGGCGGCGGCGGCGGCCGGUGAUGGCGAGAGCCGGGCCGCCCACCGGCGGACCCUCUUCGUGGCCGAUUUCGGCCUCGGUGACGAGCCCGAGGCGCCCUUCGGCCCCCGGCUCAACCUGAAGGACUUCGACGCGCUCAUCCUGGACCUGGAGCGGGAGCUGGCCAAGCAGAUCAACGUCUGCCUGUGACGGCGCCGCCGGGGGGGGGAGCGACCCAAAACGCAGCACUUGCCUCUCGUUGCCUUCGAUUUGCACAGCGCCGAGCAGGAGGGACCCCCAAGAAAAAGGUGAUGCUGUCUUUGGGGGGGGGGCCCUGGCCCCAUCGAGCAGCCCCCUGCCCCCCAAAACUGGCUGCACGCCCCCCCCCCCACGCAUCCACGUGCCGUUUUGGGGGGGAUUUUGGAGGUUCGGUGCCUCUUGCUCGGCUUCUUAUGGCCAAAUUUUGCCCUCAAGUGCCUGUUCGCCCCUUUUCCCCUUCCAAAGCCCCCCCAUGGGUGCCCCCCCCUCCAAAAUCAGUAUUGACAAGGGUCCAUGACCUCCAUCGCUCAGGCUACGGGGGGGGGGCAACCUCUCCCCUUCCCCAUCAUCCACCCACCCCCUUCCCUGCUCACGAGGGCUCCCCAAAAUCCCCUCCCUGUUGCUGGCCCCCUGAGGAGGGUGAUGGCUCUCCCUCAGGGGUGGCAGCAAAGACCCCCCAGCCCCCCCACACUUUUUUUUCUGCCCCCCCCCGGGGGGGUGCUGCCGGUACGGGAGCGCUGAGCUUUUAUUUAUUACUCCAGCUUCGUGUGCGUGCGCGUGGACGGGUGGCCCGUGGCGGUUGCCUUCACCGCAGCCUGCAGAAAAAAGCCCUUUUCACCCCCAAAAUGAACCCAGCACCAGUGUUAUGGGGGCGGGGAGGGAGGGAGCCAAAUUAAUUCCUCUCCCCCCCCCUAAAAAAAAA